GGACGACAGCUUUGAAGUUCCAUGGGGGAAAAUGCCAGAGGAAGUGAUGGAUUCUCUGGAGAGGGGAAAAAGGCCAGGCCCAAGACUGAGGAGGCAAAUGAUCCGGAUUGUUGUGACUGAGAUGAUGGAAAAAAGCCCUCAUGUAGGUAAAAAGCAUUCAACUGACGUUGCAAAAAAAAUGGUGGCAAAAUAUCCCAGUUCUCUGCAAGAUGUAAUAGAGGGCGAUAUUGUUGGAACAGGCUACCAUUCGAUUGUCAAACAGUUGCAAAACAGAAUUGAAAAUGUGAGGCGCACUUCAACACCCAAAAUAAGAAAAAGAAAACAUCAGACUGAUGUCUCAGACCACACAGACGAGAUCCCAUUAGAAGAGAGAGCAGCAAUGCAGGACACUUAUGGAUGUGUUAAAUGGAAUGUAAAAUUCCUGCCCCUUGAAGAAACUCAAGAGAGCCAGCAGCAAAAGAUGGAAAAACUCAAAGUGAUGUUCCAACAGUCUGAUGCCAAUUCAGAGGAGGUAAAAUGUCUAAUGAAGUCCACUUUUUACACACAGCGUCAACAUGUCAACCAGGGAAAAAGUAUCAAAUGCCUUAGAGAGGAGUGGCCAUUUUGGUUUGAUGAACUUGGCAUGUCGAUCCACUUCAAGGAACUCACUGGGAUUGACCUCAAAGAGACAUUCACACGGAAUUUGGAUUUGAAGGGAAAAAGGCUGCUCGACUACAUGACCACAGUUUGUGUCAACAAGAGCAAGAGGUUCCUUCAGAAUUAUGCAAGGCUUCAGAGGAUGCGGGGACCGCAGAGUGGCUGCUCAGAUGAUGUGAUCGAGAUGAUCCUGCUUCUGCUAAGCUACUUUGAUGAGAAGGAGGAGUCCAUGUUCUUCCAUGUAGAAGAUACAUGUCUGGUAGAAGAGGUCCAACUGGAGCAAGUACCUCUGACACCCACUAUUAUUGUCUGUGGACAGUCCUGCUAUUCCUCAACAAGGUACAUGCUGAGUCUGGAUCGGAACCUUAUCAACACAAACAUCUCCUCCUUCAUUUCUGCACUGUGCCUCAUGUUCGGGAGCUACUACUGUUUUAACAUCCAUUAUCCAUCUGAGCUGGCUUCAACCCUGGAGUUUCUUCAAAGGUGUUUUUUCUUGAUAAACCCAGAAAAAGGAACCAAAGUAGAGAACAAAAACUCCAAGCGUCAUCUCAACGUGAACCCUCGCGUCCUCACCCUGAUACAGGAACUCUCUGAUCACGAGUGGUGUGCCUAAAUAUGGACUCUUUCUGUGGACUCUGACUGUUUGUUUGAGAAGAGGUACUGUUAGUCUUUGCAAUGUUUAAAUCCAUGAUGUGUUCCAAAGUAUGGUAUAAAACUUAUUUACCUUUCAUUUAUUCAAUUAGAGCUGUUUUUAUUGCAAAAAAUACCUUAACAAACUGUGAGGGGGCUCACCUCUCCACAGAUCUGAUCUGUAAUUUGGCCUGUUGGCAUCACCUGAUUGUCUCCAUGGAGAUAUAGUUUUAUGCCAUACUGUGGAACAUUCCAGACAGGGAGAGUGUGGUGUUGUUGUUAUGCACCUGGCACUUAAACUUUGUGUGACAGAAAUAUGUUCAGAUUUAAAGAGGUUAAUGUCCAGAUUUAGAGAGGCUUGUCUUCUGGAUUAUUUCAACUUGGAUUCAGUCAAGGUUAAAAGAACCAUUACAUGUAGGUUCUUUGCAUGUUGUUUGUAUACGUUGAAAAGAAAACACAUCCAACUGUUUCAUGGCGUACUGUGGAACAUUCCAGACAGGGAGAGUGUGGGCUGUUGUUGUGCGCCUGGCACUUAAACUUUGUUAAUUGAUUCAGUUGAGCUAAAAGAACCAUUACAUGUAGCUUCUUUGCAUGUUGUAUGUUAAAAAA